GUGGGAACCGGGCGGCGGCGCCGAAGGCGGGCGGCGGGCUGGGCGCGCGGCGGCAGGAUGUGUGACCGGAACGGUGGCCGGCGGCUUCGGCAGUGGUUGAUUGAGCAGAUUGACAGCAACAUGUACCCGGGGCUGAUUUGGGAAAAUGAUGAGAAGAGCAUGUUCAGGAUCCCUUGGAAACAUGCUGGCAAGCAAGAUUAUAACCAGGAAGUGGAUGCAUCCAUUUUUAAGGCCUGGGCAGUUUUCAAAGGGAAAUUUAAGGAAGGAGACAAAGCUGAACCAGCCACUUGGAAGACAAGGCUACGCUGUGCUUUGAACAAGAGCCCAGAUUUUGAGGAAGUGACAGACCGGUCCCAGCUGGACAUCUCUGAGCCAUACAAAGUUUACCGGAUUGUCCCCGAGGAGGAGCAAAAAUGCAAAUUAGGCAUGGCGACUCCUGGCUGUGUGAGCGAGAUCACUGAGAUGGAGUGUGGUCGUUCUGAAAUCGAUGAGCUCAUCAAAGAGCCCUCUGUGGACGAUUACAUGGGGGUGGUCAAAAGGAGCCCUUCCCCGCCGGAGGCCUGUAGGAACCAGCUCCUCUCAGACUGGUGGGUGCAGCAGCCCAGUGCAGGCCUCCCACUAGUGACGGGGUACACUGCCUAUGAUGCACACCAUUCAGCUUUCUCCCAGAUGGUCAUCAGCUUCUACUACGGGGGCAAGCUGGUGGGCCAGACCACCACCACCUGCCCCGAGGGCUGCCGCCUGUCCCUGAGCCAGCCAGGCCUGCCCAGUGCCAAGCUGUACAGUCCCGAGGGCCUGGAGCUGGUGCGCUUCCCACCAGCGGACGCCAUCCCCAGCGAGCGGCAGCGGCAGGUGACGCGGAAGCUGUUCGGGCACCUGGAGCGCGGCGUGCUCCUGCACAGCAGCCGGCAGGGCGUGCUUGUCAGGCGGCUGUGUCAGGGCCGCGUGUUCUGCAGCGGCAACGCCGUGGUGUGCAAGGACAGGCCCAACAAGCUGGAGCGUGACGAGGUGGUCAAGGUCUUCGACACCAGCCAGUUCUUCCGAGAGCUGCAGCAGUUCUAUAACCACCAGAGUCGGCUUCCCGACAGCAGGGUGGUGCUGUGCUUCGGAGAAGAGUUUCCAGAUAUGACCCCCUUGCGCUCCAAACUCAUUCUGGUGCAGAUCGAGCAGCUCUACGCCCGGCAGCUGGUGGAAGAAGCUGGGAAGAGCUGUGGCGCCAGCUCGAUGGUGCAGCCUCCCGAGGAAUCCCAGCCAGACCAGGUCUUCCGGAUGUUUCCAGACAUCUGUGCCUCACACCAGAGACCUUUUUUCAGAGAAAACCAGCAGAUCACGGUUUAAGCCUCUCCUGGGCACCCCAUUCUGCCCAUGCCUCAUGUUUCAUUAUUACAAUUACUGUUGUAAUUAUUUAAAGAUGUGGAUCCCUCUGACCUGGGGCGGGAUGCUUCACUCUGCUCUUAAUUUAGUAAGGGCAUUCCCCGAGGACUUGACGUUUAAAAACAGUCGCGUCACACUUCUACUUUGAAACCUGCACCAAAUGAUCUGGAUGCUGUAACUAUAAUCUGUGAUUCAAACAUUUAUUUCCCUGCAUUUCCCCUAAUUAUCAUUAGUUGCCAGAUUCUCUCAGCGUUCAGAGAUAAAUGAUCUUUCCAAAGACUUGGCAUUCAAUUCUCCUAGCCCAUAGCUGCUUCCGGGGAAAAAGAUUUGAAAUCUCAGAUCAGCUUGUCAGAACAAGGCUGCUUUUUUUGUCUUUACCUUGUGUUAGAGCUAUAGAUAGAUGAUUUCAUAUGCUUGAUUCGAUGUGGAGUGCCUUUACUGUGAAGCAUGUUAAUAAGAUUUUUUAGAAAUACUUAGAUAACAGCCUCUCUUUAGCAAGUGAGAGCAGAACGCCAGGCUUGUUAGAGGAAUGUAUGUCCCUCCCAGGACACGUUGCCAGAGGGCGUGUCCAGCACCAGACGAACUGGUGUGUUCUCACCUUCCGACCAUGACAAUUUUCCCUCUGGGCCUUACUGCCAGGAAGCUUAUAGCUAAAUUUUUUUCAUUUCUGUAAUUAAAUCAUCCCUGAUACUUUGCUCUUUUCUUCUAAAUGGUUUUGACCUGUUUAAAAAAUAUUCAUACUUUUACUUGUCCUAUUUCACAUGUCCUAUUGUAAACUGCUUUGAAUUUUUUUUUUUUUUAUCAAGUGAGCAGGCUAUAAACCACAAACGCAAAAAGUAAUUGUAGAUUGUGCCUUCGAUUCAGUGAACCCAUAGACCAGCUGGUGGUGUUGAGCAUGUGGUGGGUGUGGCUCGGGUGGAUUGGAGGAUGUGGGUGAGAGGCAUGAGCUUCUCACCACUACCCUGGUCCUGGGGUGGACAGUGGCAGGGAUGGUGUCUUCUCCCUCCCUAGGACUCCUUGAAGUGCCAGAUGGCCUCAGGUCAUACUGAAUUCUCUUCAGAGGGGUCCUGUGCUGGGACUCACGUUAUUUCCUAGCAACUAAGAUACAGCGACUACCCCGAAAUAUGUCAAAAUGGCAAGGGCAGGUCAGCCUUCCCACCGACCUUGUCUUAUGCAUAUAACACAUCUCCACGACUGCUCUAAAACCACUUUCAUGAUUAAAAAGCACUUGAACAUUUUUUUCUGGGGGGGGGGGGCGGGGGGAGUUGUAUUUAGCUAUGUUGGGGAUUAGGGUGCCCCUUCCCUGGCUGUGUGUCCUGUGUGCUGUGCAGGAACUGGUGGAGGCUGGCCAGCCAGGGUGAGCAUAGAGCAGCAGCAGGUGCCCACUGUGUGGCAGGGGUGGGAGGAGCCAGCUCCAUCUUCAGUAUGGACAGCAGGCAGGGUAGGGGAGGCCCUGCUGCUUUCCCUCCAUUCUCAGUGGGGUGGGGAGAAGAGCCUUGGCCUCAUUCUUUCUCCUUUAUAACCCAGCAGCAGCCUUACUGGCUGCCACCACUCUGGCUCAGUCUCACUGUGAAAGGGCAGGAAGGGGCCUUACCUGUCAACACCACUUUGCCAUGUGGGAGAAGCUGGGGUUUGUGGGCCCCAACUUAGCCAGCCUGGCAGCCUAGUAACCAUGGGUCCCUAAUUUCAAAUCCAAUGCCCGUUCCCUUUCCCCAUGGCCACUUUCAUGAAGGUGAUGUAGGCGUCGCGUGUGUAGCAAGACUCCAUCAUCCUGGGUCCCUCGGGUAGUGUUUGAUUCCACCUGCAAACAUAGGGAAAUUCAACAAAAGUGGCUUUUCCUCUUUAGCCAACAAAGCCAGCAUCACAUUAUCAAGGAUAACAGGUCUGUUUUCUAAAAGUAUGUCGGAGAACAGUGGGUUUCGGUGUCUAGCUCAAACAAAUGGUAAAGCAUUUAUCUUGAAUAUGCUAAAUGAAUAUUUAUUUUUGUAUCCAUUUAAAAUGUAUAUUGAUCUUUUUUGUUCUUUAUUUUAAUAAAGUGCUUUUUAAAAAGCUGA